AUGCCCGAGCUGGUGGUGACCGCGCUGCUGGCGCCCUCGCGCUGCUCGCUGCGGCUGCUGCGCGCCCUGGUGCGGGGCCUGGCGGGCGUCGCCGCGCUGCUGGCCGCCGCCUUCUACGGCUGCGUGGCGCUCACGCACGUGCUCUGCCGGCCCCGCCGCGGCUGCCUGGGGCGGGCCCGCACCGCCGUCCCCGCCUGCCUGCGGGACCCCGCGCUGGGCCAGCACGGCUUCCUGAGCCUCAGGGUGAGCUCGGGGCGGGGGGCUAGCUCGGGCCUGCGUCUGCACUACGUCUCCGCGGGCCGUGGCAACGGACCCCUUAUGCUGUUUCUUCACGGCUUCCCGAAGAACUGGUUCUUCUGGCGCUACCAGCUCAGGGAGUUCCAGAGCCAUUUCCACACCGUGGCGGUGAACCUGCGUGGCUACGGCCCCUCGGAUGCGCCCAGGGAUGUGGACUGUUACACUACAGAGCUGCUCAUGGCUGACAUCCAAGAUGUCAUCCUGGGCUUGGGCUACUCCAAAUGUGUCCUCGUGGCCCACGACUUCGGCGCCACCCUCGCCUGGAACUUCUCUGUCUACUUCCCGUCCCUGGUUGACCGGAUGGUGAUCGUCAGUGGCCCCCCCAAGUUUGUGUUUCAAGACUAUGCCCUGCGCCACGUCGGCCAGUUGUUCCGAUCCAAGUACCUGUUCUUGUUCCAGCUUCCCUGGCUGCCAGAGAAACUGCUGUCCAUGUCUGACUUCCAGAUCCUGAAGUCCAUUUUCACCGACCGCAAGACGGGCAUUCCCUGCCUGACACGCGAUGAGCUGGAGGCCAUGCUGUACGACCUGACGCAGCCCGGCGCCCUCACCGGCCCCAUCAACUACUACCGGAACCUCUUCAGAGACUACCCCGUAGAACCCCAGGAACUGUCCACACCCACGCUGCUACUAUGGGGGGAGAAAGACCCCUACUUCCAGACAGGACUGGUGAAAGCCAUCAGCAGCCACUUUGUGCCGGGCCGGCUGGAGUCCCACAUCCUGCCAGGCUCAGGCCACUGGAUCCCACAGACCCACUACCAACAGAUGCACGAGUACAUGUGGGCCUUCCUGCAAGACCUGCUGGGCUAGG